CGUGCCACGUUAACGGGAGGAGACAUUCUCACCGAGUAAUCGGGCCGGUGAUGACCGAGUCGUAAGGUUAUCGAGUCGCGACCACCCGGACUAGUGCCACAUAGUUCUUCAUCCGCGUGCAUACCCUUUCAUCAAUCGUAUCGAUCGUCGGGUAUAUUAUCGAAUUGAAACGGGAGAAUUCGCGCGUACAACUUCGAAUGACAUUUGAACGAGGAAAGAGAGAAGCGUGAACAAACGUGUGCACGACACGAGGAAACGACGGAAGAAGAAAAGAGCGUGAAAAGUAAGCAUGUGAAAGAUCGGAAAGAGCGGAAGAGGAGUUUCAACGAAGCAAACGUUGCGAAAGUUUUCCUUUCCGAGGAAAGGAGGAAAGAAACCGAGAGGAUCCGAGGAGAGUGCGAACACGAGGGGAACGCUUGAUCAAACGAGGUGAAUCGCGAGGGAUCGGUUCGAGCGUACAGACAACAAUCCGCUCGUGAUAUGCACUCUCGCUGAGAGAAGCCAACCGGAGAGAAGCCAGGAGUGAAAGUCUCCACCGCCUCCUAAAUUCGAGCAGAGGCCGUAAAGUCGAGGUAGAAGCCGAGUUGAAGUUUGGCUGGCCGUUGUUUGAAAGCGAGUUCGGUUGGUUUCGUUGGACUUCCCUGACGACGAAAGGCCAGGAAACAAAGGUCGUUAGGACGCGAGAGACGCUGCUUUUGAGAUGGGCACUAUACAACAGCAAUCGGUGUUAAAAGGCCGACAGGUCAGCAACGCCGGCAAGGAGAAAGAUUUGCUUCAUAAGUUAUUCAGCCAGGCGGCGGCAAAUUAUUCCGACCAACUGGCAAUCCAUUAUGAGGACGACGAGGGGCAAGAGUACGUUGUAUCUUACGGCGAACUGAACGAGCUGUCCAACAAAUUGGCCAGAGCGUUACGAAAAUUGGAGAAACCAGAGAAUUCGUCGAAAUCGUUCGUGGCAGUAUGCAUGAAGCCGUCUCAUCGGCUACCAACGGUACUGGUGGCCAUAUUGAAGGCCGGCAUGGCGUAUCUACCUUUGGACGCGGAGUUCCCGAUGGCCAGAAUGAAACACGUUCUGCAAGAAGCGAGACCUUUCACGGUGGUGAUCGAGGAAGGAGCGAAUCCGUCUAUUUACGAGGGAACGAACACGAUAACGUACGAGCAACUGUUAAAGCAGUCCGAAGUUGAGGAAAAGAAGGAUUUAGAGUACGACGAGGAUCCUGAAACAACUGCUAUAGUUCUGUAUACUUCGGGAAGCACGGGCACGCCCAAAGGAGUGCUUUUACCGCAUGCCACUGUGCUGAAUCGAUUGCAAUGGCAAUGGCAAGAGCUACCAUAUGCUGAAGACGAGGAACGUUGUAUUUUCAAAACGUCGUUGACGUUUGUGGAUAGCGUAUGUGAAAUCUGGGGGCCAUUGUUGCAAGGACGAACUCUAGUAGUUAUUCCUAAACAUAUCACUAGAGAUCCAGAGAGGUUUAUCUCGGUACUGGAAGAACACAAGAUUCAACGACUGGUGCUCGUCCCGUCGUUACUGCACUCCGUGCUGAUGUAUCUGAGCCUACGGACCAAAGACGACGCGCUACGUUCACUGAGACUUUGGGUGUGCUCUGGAGAAACGUUGCCAGUUUCACUGGCGGAUCAAUUCUUCGCCACCUUCGAAAAUGACAAUAAAAUACUGGCGAAUUUUUACGGCAGCACGGAGAUCAUGGGGGACGUGACUUAUCAUCUUCUGAGCAAUCGAAAGCAACUGCAGAAUGUGGAGAAUGUGCCGAUUGGAAAACCGUUGGACAACUGCGUGAUUUAUAUCGUGAACAAGGAGAUGAGACUGGUGCCGCAAGAGGAAGUUGGAGAGCUGAUAGUCGCCGGAAGGAACCUCGCAACAGGUUACAUUCGCGACAACGAGUCACGCAAGUUCCACGACAAUCCUUAUGCAAUCGAUCUAGAGUACUCGAGGAUUUAUUGCACGGGAGAUUAUGCGAGAAUAUCGAAAGGAGUGAUCGUAUACGAAGGACGCAUGGAUUCACAAAUUAAAAUUAGGGGGCAUCGUGUAGACCUCAUGGAAGUGCAGAAAGCAGUAUCCAGGGGACCUGGUGUUAACGAGGUAGUCGUUCUUUGUUACAAACCCGGCGAAUUGUCUCAGGCAUUGCUUGCUUUUGUAACUAUAACGAACGAUUCAUCUAUCAGCACGUUGGAUAUCGAGACGUUUCUUCAAGCUACUCUACCCGUAUACAUGUUACCACGAAUUAUCAUCGUGGACAAUAUACCUCUUUUAACAAACGGGAAGACCGAUCGCCAAGCACUGCUAAAGCAGUACGAAUCUUCUAAUCUCAACAACGACAACGAGCAAUGCAUGAACUGCGACUACACCGACAUACCUGAAAAGAACCUAGCGAAGGCGAAAGUUCUGUUUCCGACCGUUGCCUCCGUAAUUGGUGCAGGAGGUCGCGCGGACGUCAGUAUCAGCGCGAAUUUCUACGAGCUAGGCGGAAAUUCCUUGAACUCGAUUUACACGGUGACGAAGCUACGGGAUCAAGGUUACGAGAUAGGGAUCACAGAGUUUAUCACGGCGAAGUGUUUGGGCGAGGUGCUCGAUCGAAUGAAAAUCAGCGCGGACGACGAGCCCCUUGAGAAUGGUCUUAACGAAGAAGAACACAUCUUUGAGAUGUUGAACGAUUCUCAUAAAGAAGAUGUGAUAGAAAUUAUCACAGAAAGUUUCUACAGUAAAGCAGAUUUAGAGCAGUGGCUGAUGCCGGAUAUAACAAAGGAAGACUACAACACAAUGAUGGAAAUACUUUGGAACCCGUUGGUAGAAAAGGACUUGAGUUUCGUAGUGAAAUCGGCCAAAGAUGGCAGAACGAUCGGCGUUGGCCUGAACUUUGAUCUUUGGGACGAGCCUGAGUUGAUCCUCGACUCCAAGUUGAUGGUCGUUUUCGAAUUUCUGGAAUACUUGGAGGCACCAAUUCGAGAACGAAAGUUGCCAAAAGGAAAGGGUCAAAUUAUCCACAAUUUCAUGAUGACGACGAGCAGUGACCUAAAUCCGGCGGAGAACGUGAUCAUGAUGAGAGAGAUGGAAGAAUAUUGUUUGCAACUGGCUAAGAGGAAGGAGUUCGCUGGAAUUUUUACCACAAACACCAGUCCACUGACACAGCAACUCGGAACAGAUGUGUUUGAGUAUGAAACAAUGCUGACUUACCAAGUGAACAGGUAUACUGCCCCGGACGGUGCGAAGCCCUUUGAAAAAGCACCAGACAGUCAACUGGCAAUUUGCUCCUUGAAAAUGAUCGCUUAACGUCCCCUGAAAACCAAUCGGAAAUAUAAAAACAACUCGAAUUGCACAAGAAUACAAUCUGUCGUUAAUAGAAUUAAUAAGCAUGUAUUUAUACUGAUAUAUCAUCGGAUAAGUAUUAAUUUAUUGUAAUCGUGCAAGCUACUCUAUAUUUCUUAUUAUUUUACGAACUAAUCAAUCUGUGAUUGUCUCGUAUUUAGUAUGCGAUAAUUAUCUCAAUUUUUGGUUUUUAUAAACAAUAUUGACACGUAAUAAAUACAGAAUAUGUAUAUACACAAAAA